CGGGGCCGGGCAUGGUAACGGCUCGGAAGCCGAGGGGGCUGGGCCGGACGCAGGCGGAGGACCCGGGGUCGGCCGCCGCCGCUGCCGCCCUGUCCCAGCGCGCUCCGUGAGGCCCGCGCGGCGCCGCGUCGGCCAUGAUGAUCCACGGCUUCCAGAGCAGCCACCAGGACUUCUCCUUCGGGCCCUGGAAGCUGACGGCCGCCAAGACGCACAUCAUGAAGUCGGCGGACGUGGAGCGGUUAGCCGAUGAAUUGCACAUGCCGUCUCUCCCUGAAAUGAUGUUUGGAGACAACGUCCUGAGAAUCCAGCACGGCUCUGGCUUCGGGAUUGAGUUCAAUGCUACAGAUGCAUUACGAUGUGUAAACAACUAUCAAGGAAUGCUUAAAGUAGCCUGUGCUGAAGAGUGGCAGGAGAGCAGGACGGAGGGUGAGCACUCCCAAGACGUUCUUAAACCGUACGAUUGGACCUACACCACAGACUACAAGGGAACGCUGCUUGGAGAGUCACUUAAGUUAAAGGUUGUACCUACAACAGAUCAUAUAGAUACAGAGAAACUGAAAGCCAGAGAACAGAUUAAAUUUUUUGAAGAAGUUCUCCUAUUUGAGGAUGAACUUCAUGAUCAUGGAGUUUCAAGCCUGAGUGUGAAAAUUAGAGUGAUGCCUUCUAGCUUUUUCCUGCUGUUGCGAUUUUUCUUGAGAAUUGAUGGGGUGCUUAUCAGAAUGAAUGAAACAAGACUUUACCAUGAGGCGGACAAGACCUACAUGUUACGAGAAUAUACAUCACGAGAGAGCAAAAUUGCUAAUUUAAUGCACGUUUCACCUUCCCUCUUCACGGAACCUAAUGAAAUAUCACAGUAUUUACCGAUCAAGGAGGCAGUUUGCGAGAAGCUUCUAUUUCCAGAAAGAAUGGAUCCUAACCCUGCAGACUCACAAGAAAGUGCACCUGCGGAAUAGAAUGUGAUAUAACAUACACUCAUCGUGGAAUCUGACUGGGGACCUUAGCUAUUUGGAGGGGGUAUUUUUAUUCUGAGAAUUACUUGCCUUGUUUAUGUGCAGAUUUUCUGUAGCCUUAAAGGAAAAAAAAAAACACAAAGGAGUGUUGCAGGCAGGUUCCACUCAACGGCUUUUUGUACUGUCUUCAGAUUCAUAUUCCAGAUUUAUAUUUUCUGGAGUUAAGUUGGGAUUUCUAACUGUCAGAGUGCGAUCUCACUGGUAGUGUGUGUGCCUCAUGCAGUGGGCAUGGUCUGCGUCCGUCGUGAGACACUGUCUCUGACCCCGAGGGUCGGUGUCAGUCACAGAAUCACAGCACCUUGUGGCUUCCGCGGGGUCCCUGAUCGUGCAUGUUGAUGUGCUAGCUCUUUACUUCGGGCUUUUCGAUGUUUAUGCGCACUUCUGGAGAGCCGUGAGUUGCCUUUUAGGAAACUGAUGUCGUAAGUGAUCUUUACCCCCCCACACAAAUAUAUAUAUAUAUAUAUUUCCCCUUUAAAUUUAAAUUGGGUUUUGAAGUCUUUGAGAAAAUUUCAGACACAGAACUGAAUAGCAGCCUAGGCUCUGGGCAGACUGACGGUGCUCUAUCCGUGGACGCACCUGAACGUGGCUCGCUGGCCGCAGGGAGAUGUCAGAGCUGUCCUUCCUUCAUCUUUAGGUGCUUUUUCUUAGGUGUGGUUCUACUUGUACUGGCGUUUUUUAACUUCAUUUUCCAUGCAACCUUGGAAUGAGUAAAUCCAUUGAAUAUUGAAUUUGUACUGUUGUGUAGCUAAUUUUAUCAGCCAAAUUUUGUCACAAGUGAUUUUGGUAUUUGCCUUCUGCUGCAUCACCUGCAAGGUGUAGGAAAUCAGGAUUUUGUUGGCUUUAAGAAAAUACAUGGCAUGUUCACUGUCUUUUAAAUAUACCUGUAUUUAAUCUUUUCUCGUAGGACAGAAAAGUGUAUAUAUUGUGCUCAGCCUUCUGUUGUAUUUUAUUUGCCAUGCGGAUUUGAACAGAAUAGACUCUUUAUUCAUACAGGAUAUAUAAGAAAUGAAAAACUUGUAAGAAUAUUCAUUAGUUGAAGUUUCUGGGCAACAUCAUAUAUAUUCUUAACUUGAAUCAGUUAUCUUAGUCUCUUGAGUCAGGUUUAGGUGACUUAUUUCCAGAGUCCAUUGCUAAAAAUUGUGGGAAAUUAAAAGAAUUGAUCUUUUUUAUAGAGGGUGGGAAGUUGAUAGGAUGAGUGAGCUUCUGGAAGCUCCUUGAGUGUAUUCCUGUGGAGAAGACCCAGAAAGCCUCUAUUUGCCCAUUGCUAAAUAAGACAUAUGCCAUUUCAUAUUUAUUUGUUCCCAGUGUCUUUUUGUAAGAAAAGAAUAAACAAGGAAUUACUGAUCUGUG